GUGUGUCUGUGUGUGUGUCUGUGUUCGUGUGUGUGUUAAUCCUACUCUGCAGUCUGUGCGCCAUAAUGAUAUCUCUGGCCCCGCUGGUGAUUGGCUACAGCGGUCACGGGGCUGGAUCACGUGAGUGAGUUCUUUGGUCCUGGGGAAAAUGGGGUUUGGUGUAAAUCUAGGGUGUAUUGCUGUCAUUUAUCACACUACCUCGUAAAAACGACAGUGAAGAUUCUGGGUCAACAAAUCACAAGGAAAAAAUAUGAGCUCUUAUUAUGUGGAUGGUCUUUUUAGCAAAUAUACGGCGACCGGUUCUUUCUUCCCAAACGCAGACCGGGGUUCGUGCGCUCUUCGACCCGGUGGAGAAGGACCCGCAUCUCCUCACAGUGCCGCAGCCCCUGCCUUCCCACCGUCCCUGUCCGGACUUUACAACGUCAACAAUGCUAUUUACCAUAGCCCCCCGAUGUUUACCCCUGCUUAUGGCCAGGGGCCGGAGGUGCACAGUCUGCACUGCAGCUCCUUUGACCAGAGCCGCCUGUUCGGGGACAGCUGCAUCCAGCCGGGGCCGGGUCCACUCACCUCGCCAGAGGACAAACAAUACCGGAUGUACCCCUGGAUGAGAACAUCAGAUCCAAACAGAAAGCGUGGACGUCAGACCUACUCCCGGUACCAGACACUGGAGCUGGAGAAAGAAUUCCACUUCAACCGGUACCUGAACCGCCGGAGGCGCGUGGAGAUAGCACACGCGCUCUGCCUGACUGAGCGCCAGAUCAAAAUCUGGUUCCAGAACCGGAGGAUGAAGUGGAAGAAAGAUCAUAAGGACGAGUCUUCGAGCUCAACCCUCGGUGGCACCCGUGAGGACGUAAACAAGGAUGGUGAUGGUGAUCCGGUAACCAACGGACAGUCCAAGGCCCAGGAGGCAGAGCGAGGAGACUCCCAGUCUGCCAGUGUAGCGUCAGAAACCCCUGCAAGAGAAGGAGAUGGUGACAUAGAGGCUAUUAAUGAAAGAAACACUCCAUAAAUGUUUGUAUUUGUCUAAUGUUAAAGAGGUAUACGCUCACAGAAUCGAUACACUCUGUUCAUCAUGUUUGUUCAUCAAUUUAGAGGUUAGUAAUGAUUGGUGAAACGACUUGCAAGGCUGAAAUUGAAAAGCACUUAUUUAAUGUACUGUAUACAAGCUAGUGAAAACACGGUCUCAAGCUAUAAAAGGCAUAUGUCUAUAUACACAUGAAAGGGAACGGAUACUACCUAUUUACACUACAGUAUUAUUAUGAAAACUCAAUUUGAUCUUUGAAUGUAGAAAAGGCCUACUGUAAAUGUUAUUCAAUAAUAAAUAUUAUUGGUUGGGAACUAUUAGAUAUUUUACUACUGAAAUAACAUUCCUGAACAGAGAACUACCUAAUGGGACAGUUAUAUCCAAGCAACUUCCGAAUUUAGCCUACGUCCAGUUUCAAUUGACUUAGACAGAGGAACCUUUUUCGCAUUCUAUUUGUCUCUAUUUAAAAUGGAAAUAAAUGCAAAUGUUGCGUAAAAGUGCCUUAGUUGAAUCAACUAGCGAAUAUGGCUUUAAUGUUUUACUGUCCCUUAUUCUCGUUAUAUUGCGCCGCUGUAGCUGUUACGGUUUGGCAUAUUCCCAUGUCUUAUAUUUGUGAGAGCUUGUCUUUUGGGGCCAUGUAGAGAUUGUAAUACAUAUUUGCAUGAUUCCAAAACAGCAAUGUUUAACACAAAAAUGAAUAGUCACAUUUGUAUACCCUACCUCAGAUUUUACGUCAGAGACUAUAGACCUAUAGGUUACUACUGUCUCACGGAAUUUCAAUACCGUAUAACUUCUUGUAUAUAUGUGAAAUGUAAGUCUUUGUAUACACUGUGACGUCGUGUUGUUAGUGUAUUUUUGCGUCCUCUAUAGAUCAAUAUAAUUUUUUUGUGGACGUGAGUGUGUCCGCUUGCAUGCGUUUGUAGGCUAUUUGUAAAUUCGGGAAAUUGUGUGUUUGUUUUAUCUGAUCAAAUGUAUAGAAGAGAAUUGCUCCAAUGUUCAGAAAUAACCUAUACGCUCACUUCACAUUCACCGCUUUGACUCGGAGGUAUUCUUAUUUUGACAUUAUGCAAGAUACUAUAUUUUAAUCCAAUAAAAACAAAACCAUUCAGUUUUGAAAAUAGCUUCGUAACGAAUUUCUUGUAAGCCAACCAUACAUUUAUGAAAACUUUAGCCAAAAUGUUAAGAAAGCACAUAUAGCCAACAUGCCAAAAUAGAUGGUAUUACCCUAAAUUAUGCAUGGGUGAAAAUAUUUGUGUUACUUUCUUUUUUUUUUUACAUUCAAGACAUUUGUUUUUAUAUGACAAGAAAUAUUGACAACACUGUAAGCCUACACAUAUGCUAUAACAUAACACAAUGCCCAUCUGGCUUAUUCAGCAGGAAAAGUGAAAAGAGAUGAUGAAACCCAUGACACAUUUGUUUAAAGGAUUGUUCACUAUUUUACAAAUUCAUUUGAGAUGGUUCCCCACCCUGA